GGCUAACCCAGGUCUAUUUAUAUACAAAUUGUUGAACGUAGGUGGGGCUAUAUAAUAACCGUUAGACCGCUCGAACGUCUAACGGCGUCGUUUUUGCCGUUCGAGACAAAUAGGUAGGUAUCGUUAACCUCCAUACCGUAACUCAGCCAAAGAUUUCAGGUCAGUGGGGCUGAGCAGCCUCAUUCCAAGAUGUCUAAGGCCGGUUCAGUCAGCUGCCGAAGGCAGAAUAGCCCAUGUAACACUUACACUUGUUGUUACGAAUAAUCUGACGGAAUCAGCGGGGCGUAGAGCACUAUAUUUAUAUGCUCGGCUUCCUUCCUUCGAAAAUGAAACCGCAACGAUACAGGAGUCGUAUUCAGAUUGGGGGCAUCGUUUGGGGGGGGUAUUCUAACUUACUACAUUCUGCCUGACGCCUUCCCCUGAGACCGAAAGCCCUUGUUCAGAAGAAAUAUAAAUAAUUCCCCUCUGUCCGUUGGGAAGGAGAUAUAUUCAUGAUGAAUCAACACUCUAGAGUCAAGCCUGGUAUCAUUUCCCCGAAUUUGCCCGAACUUACACUGGGUUCUUGACCGGAACGCAUCCAGAGACACAAUGAGGACUUGUACGAUAUUCCAGAGGCUGUCGAUGAUCAGCGCCAUCGCAGGUUCGGCCGCGACCAGUCUCAAUUUCACCGCAAUCAGUACUAGAGACAACACCAGUCACUUUGAAUGUUGGCAACUCUCCACGCCGUUCGAGCACUCAAACCAACUCGGAAUCGCUGGGACUGCUGCUGUUGUCCUUGGCGACGUUACCAACAUGACGUAUAAUGUCAUCCCGGCUGGUUAUGAUAGCGGACUUCACACCGUACCGAGCAACCAAUGGGCAAUCGUCUUGAAUGGUGUCGCCGUAGUUGAACUAGCAGACAACAGCAGCAUCAGCGUGACCACGAAUGCAGGCGAGUCAGGCGUGCUAUUUUUCGAAGAUACGGCGACAGUGAGCCGACGAGGCCAUGGAAGCUUCUACCCUGGAAUCACGGAGACGAUCUUCCUACAGAUUCCCACAAAAGACGGGAUGGUACCUGAGCAUCGGGUCUUGUCCAAUGAUGCUCCUUGCAAAGGAACCGAGUUUACUGGGUUGCGAGGCAUGGCGGUCGGUCAGUAUUAGCUAAUGCUCUGGCUUUGAGUUUUCUCGGCAUGUGCGUGCAACGAGAAAGCAGACGAUAUGUUUAGGCUGGACGGGGCAAUUAGAAAGUUCGGUAUAGAAAAUAGAAAUCAAGGGUCAUCCUAACCAGUGUGUUUCUGGGUGAAUUGUAUGAAAGUGCUACUACAUAAUAUGUAUGUAGGUACUUCAGUAGGUACCUUAUCUUAUGUACAUGGGUACUUGAUUAGCAGGUAGCACGAGGGGGACUAUACUUCUUUAUUCAACCGAGAUUUCAUUACCUACCUAGGUAGGUAUGUACCACCAAGGUACG